GCGUGCGGGGCGGCGCUGCGGCGUUAUUGUUAGUUACUGCUAUUUAUUAUCGCUGCUCUUCCCGGCCGUGUCCGCAGGCAGGCAGGCCGCGGUGUGACCGCGGUGCCGGUUCCCUCCGCAGGCCAUGUCAUCUGUCGGCAUCGAGUGCGUGGCCAGGGAGGGCUGCAGGAUCGGCGAGUCGCCCGUGUGGGACGAGAAGGAGGGCGCGCUGCUCUUCGUGGACAUCACGGGCAGGAAGGUGUGCCGCUGGAGCCCGGUCACCAGGCAGGCACAGGCCAUUGCCGUGGAUGCCCCUGUGAGCUCCGUGGCUCUCCGGAAGUCUGGGGAUUAUGUCAUCACCCUAGGAACCAGGUUUGCUGCUUUGAAAUGGAAAGAGGGGCUGGUAACCACCAUUACUCAAGUGGACAAGGAUAAAGCAAAUACCCGAUUCAAUGAUGGGAAGGUGGAUCCUGCAGGGAGGUAUUUUGCAGGUACAAUGGCGGAGGAGAUUCGUCCUGCCGUGCUGGAGAGACGCCAGGGCUCUCUAUACACGCUCCUCCCCGACAUCUCAGUGGUGAAACACUUUGACCAGGUGGACAUUUCUAAUGGACUGGACUGGUCGCUGGAUCACAGAACCUUCUUUUACAUUGACAGCUUGUCCUACUCAGUGGAUGCCUUUGAUUAUGACCUCCAAACUGGAAAAAUUGGCAACCGUAGGAGUAUAUACAAACUGGAAAAAGAGGAGAGCAUUCCUGAUGGGAUGUGCAUUGACACAGAAGGCAAACUCUGGGUGGCUUGUUAUGAUGGUGGGAGAGUGAUUCGCCUUGACCCUGAGACAGGAAAAAGACUCCAGACUGUGAAACUUCCCGUAGACAAAACAACUUCCUGCUGUUUUGGAGGAAAGGAUUAUUCAGAAAUGUUUGUGACUUCUGCCAGUGAUGGAAUGGAUAAAGAGUGGCUUUCACGGCAACCACAGGCUGGUGGGAUUUUCAAGAUAACAGGACUGGGGGUGAAAGGAGUUGCACCGUAUCCAUUUGCAGGUUAAAUGCACUCUUCAGAAUGGAUGAGAGAGGGCUGACGUAAGCAAGACAAGUCUGAAGGUCUUAUUAUGGUGUUCAGCAUCUUUUGCUUGGAAACCAUAACACCAUUAUAAUAUUUCAUCAGGAAAGGAUGGAAAACUACUGAAAUACAUGGAAUAUUUUAAAACUGAUCUUUUUUCUCCCUUUAAACUUACUUGAAAUAUAUGAUGGUACUUUUUCUGCUGUGCUAAAAAGAUUCUCAUCCUAAUAAGCUGUUGUUGUAAUUCUAUUUUAUGAUUAAAUAAUAUUUUAAUAUAUUUUUAUUGGCCAUUCUUCUGUCUCAUUUGCAACUUACACUAUAUUGUUUGACUGAUUAAACUAGUUGUACUGUCUCUUUUGCAUAUUUUUGAAGUUCCUCAUAAAAUGCCCUUUGGUGGUCUUACCACUGUUUUAACUGUAA